AUGGUAAUAAUCUUCGUUUUGAGCCUGGCCCUGUUCUCAGGUACUACAUCAGCGUUCCAAUGGGAAUCGCCCCUAUCAGACAUAGUGAUAGUACCUAACAUAACCACUAACGCAACUAUCUUGGAGCAGAACCCAUGGGUCGUGCAGGUAGAUAUGUACCACCCAUGGGGCGCGUGGUCUCAGAUAUGUGCUGCCAGUAUCCUCAACUCAAGAUAUGUCCUGUCUUCUGCUAGCUGCUUCUCUGGAUCGACUUAUUAUCGUCGUAUCCGCGCCGGAGCCAACUACCGGAACACCGACGGUACCAUCGUCUACAUAACCGCAGCUGCUAACUACGGUGGUCAAAUAACCAACGGCACCUUCCACGACAUAUCCGUCGUACUGUUGCAAGCGCCCCUGGUCUUCAGCCACCUCAUACGGCAAGGUCCCAUCGUUGCUCCGGGCACCUUCAUCCCUGCAGGCCUAGCACUCAACCAAAUUGGAUGGGGGUUACAAAAUAAUUCUCAUAUUGGGCUGAGCAGUGCCGCAGUCACUAUCUUCACAAGAUCGUCGAAUCAGACCCAACCGUCCAACACUACAGCACCCAUCCUCACAGCGUACCCCAGCGCUGGUGCCAAGUUCAACGGUGAUAUUGGUAGUCCCUGGGUCAUUGGCAACGUCACCGUUGGAAUACUAUCCGGGGUGAACUCAGCCGUGAAUGGAAGCUGGUCCGAUACCCUUAUCGCCGUUUCGCUGCAACAAAGAAUAUCAGAUAAAACUUUACAACCAUCGAUAGGUGUCCUUUCUUACCCUGAAAGGAUAGUGGGAGGGCAUCCCACUGCCAUAGAGAACUAUCCAUCCAUGGUGCAAGUGGAGUUGCUGAGCCAAGUGGCCGGCACCUGGUCGCAGGACUGUGCUGGAAGCAUCCUCACUUCCAGGUUCAUCUUGUCUGCUGCUCAGUGUUUUACUGGAUGGAACUUGGAAUUUCCAUACCGUCGCAUCCGAGCUGGUGCCACCUAUCGCAACUUAGGUGGCACCGUCGUCUACGUGGAUUCCACAGUCAAGCAUCCAACAUACGGCACCAACGGCUUAGAGGCAGAUGUCAGCGUCAUCAGACUGUUGGCCCCACUGACAUACAGCCCGACUAUCAGACAGGCUACUAUUGUAUAUGCUAAGUCAGAGAUUCCUGAUAAGACGAUGGUGGUGCUUGCUGGUUGGGGAAGAACUUCAGCAGCGGGUCCAAUCUCCACUGUACUUCGCGAUGUCUCGGUCUAUACCAUCAACAACGAACUGUGCGCUGAACGGUACUCCAAACUAGGGAUACCAAUAACUGUCACCCCAAACAUGAUCUGCUCAGGAAUCUUAGACGUUGGGGGUCGCGACGCCUGCCAUGGGGAUUCAGGCGGGCCUAUGUACUUGGGACAAAUUGUAGUUGGCAUAAUUUCAGGAGGCUACAGCUGUGCUAACGGUACUUAUCCGGGGAUAAGUACUGCUGUAGCUUCGUAUACGGAUUGGAUAGUUGACACUGUUUAUAAUUGGCCUUAUUAG